UAAUCCUUAAAAUAAUAUCAUAUAUUACACACGAGCUCGUUUAUCAAGUUGACAGAAAAAUAUCAUAUCACGCAACACACGUGAGCUCAGUUCUAUAAAAAAAAUUAUUCAUCUGUCCUUGUAGUUCAUGAAAAUAAUAAGCUUGUGGCCACUUUCUCACCAUGAACACCGAUAUGAUCACCACUGACAUAUUUGAUUUAUUCGAGCAGAAAAAGCCAUUUCUAUUCUUGGCUCUUGUACUUUCGAUUACACUGAUUGCGUGUUACGCAAGAAACUCCUUCAAAUCUUCCAACACAAAACGCCCUCCCCUUCCUCCGGGCCCACCGGGAUGGCCAAUCAUCGGAAACCUGGCCGGGAUGAUCAAGAACCGGCCGAACCACGAGUGGAUCCACCGAGUCAUGGCCGAGUUGAAGACCGAGAUCGCAUGUUUCCGAUUCGUCAGCACCCACGUCAUCACCAUAACCUCUGACGAGAUUGCGCGUGAAGCCCUCAAGGACAAAGACGAGGUUCUUGCCGACAGGCAGGAAUCCUACUCGGCCGAGCUGAUCGGCGACGGAUACAAGGACGUGGGUUUCGCUAACUACGGCGGCGAACUGUGGAAGAAGCUCAAGAGAGUGAUGACUUCCGAGUUAAUGUCAUUGAAAAGCCUUAACAAGUCAGUUCAUGAAAGAACAGUGGAAGCCGACAAUCUCCUCGCUUACGUCCAUAACUUACACAAACGGUCGGAAGUCGUGAACGUGAGGGAAAUCGCGACAACUUUCUGUCACUCCGUGAAGAUGAGACUUCUGUUCGGUCGGAGGCAUUUCAAGGAAGCGACAGAAGACGGCGGUCUCGGCCCGAUGGAGAAAGAUCACGUGGACGCCAUAUUCAAGGCGCUUGACUGUUUUUUCAACUUCUCGAUAUCGGAUUACGUUCCUUGGCUGCGUGGUUGGAACGUAGAUGGAGACGAUAAGGCGGUAAGAGACGCGACCGAUGUUCUUACAAAAUGUAACGAUUUGGUUAUCGACGAGAGGGUCGAGCUGUGGAGGAAGAAAGGCGGAAAGGAAGUUGUCGAGGACUGGCUCGAUGUUCUAAUCACCUCGAAGAACAGCGAUGGAAAGCCGAUGUUUACACCUCAAGCGAUCAAAGCUCAAUGCAAGGAUAUCAAAGUCGCGGCCCUCGAUAAUCCGAUAAACAACGUGGAAUGGACCUUCGCAGAGAUGUUAAACAAUCCGGAGAUUCUGAAAAAGGCUGUGGGAGAACUGGACGAAGUGGUCGGGAGAGACAGACUUGUGCAAGAAUCAGACAUAUCGAAUCUGAACUACUUGAAAGCUUGCAGCAGAGAAUCUUUCAGACUUCAUCCAGCUUUUCCCUUUCUUGUUCCUCACGUUGCCAGAGAGGAUACAACUCUCGCCGGUUACUUCAUCCCCAAAGGUAGCAUUGUUCUUGUGAGCCGAGUGGGACUGGGUCGGAACCCUAAGAUAUGGGAAGAACCGGACGCGUUCAGACCGGAACGGCAUCUCAACAAUGGCCCGGUGGAGGUAUCUCUCGCGGAACAAGACAUGAGGUUCGUCUCGUUCAGCACCGGUCGACGAGGCUGCGUCGGAUACAGGCUCGGAACCUCGAUGACGGUCAUGCUGUUGGCACGGCUCCUCCAGGGUUUCGACUGGAGCCUCCCUCCAGGCACUGAUCGGGUCGAGUUCAAUCAGGCUGGUCGGAACUUGCUCAUGGCUACGCCUCUCAUGGCUCGUGUCCAGCCUCGCUUGGCCCCGGACAUGUACCCUGGGUUACGGAACUGAUCUGUUGGCAGCAUGUCUCGUCUGAUUUGCUCUUCGAUCUGGUGUAAUUGUGCAAGUGAUCCACGAUAAAUAAUGAAGAAUAAAGAAACAAAAAUUCCAAUAUUAAAAGGGUAAAGGUUCACAGAUUCAACACAAAACGUGAAGAACAUAUAUGCAGCCAAAUACAUAGUAUAAAGUCUCCUGUAGCCAAGUACCUUGAUACUGCAGAAUUCCAUAAACACUUUGAGAAUUCAUACACAUGGUAAUAUAAAAGGCAGGGCCAGCACAGCGGGGUACAUAUACACCCGUAUAGAAGACGGGCAAAGUAUAUGCAUAUGUGCCGUAUAUAUA